GUUAAACAUUAAUUGAUAUAGCAAGGCCACAUGUAUCAGUAAUAUUUAUCACAAGAAAAGUUAAGUACAAGGCUGCAAAGGGAAGUCUCCGUGUACGUGGAGAAACCAUCCCAUAAUAGAACUAACUCAAUUGUUAGACUUAACCUCUUUGUCGAGUGCAUUCUUACAAUAAUCUAAAGACUUGCUUCACAUCUUCUUCCCUUCAACUGCCAGAGCAGAUUUUGCUGUUCAGCUGUGAAUCAACAGCGCCCCCGUGAGGCGAGAAGAAACUGGGACGUGAACCUAAUUGUAAAAAUGUGAUGGUUUAUAGUUUUUAUUUUAAAAAACGUUAUUUUGCUGUUUUAAUCCUCUGCCAAAUGAUUACAUUCACUCUGAUAACUUCGGCAUAUAAAUAAUUGACAAAAUUAUUUAAUUUUGAGCUGUGCAAUUUGGGAUUGGACCGCAGAAGAAACCAUAUUUUGGGCCACUAAGGAAGCAAUAUGCCGCCUGGAAAUAGCCUAAAUGUUAUAAUUUAUGUAAUGUGUGCUUGUAAUAACUGCGAUGCAUGCGGAAAUGAAAAAUAUAGUCCCAUGAAUCCGGUGAGUUACUGAAGAAGGGUUAAGGUGUUGGUAAUGUUUCCUGACAAUAAAAGAAACUUGAAAUGAACAUUUUUGUAAACGGGGUUUGGAGCGUCUCUGCUGUUUGAUUUCUCCCGGUGAAAUGAGAUCCAACCCGUUCCCCUGCACACCUGGGACUGCCUCAACCUGCUCACCGACAAACACGGGCAGCAGGAGGACACGGGUCCUCAGUCGGUGUUAACAAUGACGUCGCAACUCAGCUGCCCGUCGUCGCCGCCUGGUAAAACAGCGGAGUAGAAACAGUGUGCGUAAUGUUUAACGCCGUGAACCAGGGUCGGAAAUACGCCCCCACACGCUACGCAGUCACGGAUGACUCUCUGUUAACCGUGCGGGCUCUCCAUAUCAACAAAUCCCCGGGCACACUGAGCGGGGCACCGGAGCGUACGUGGCCGCCGCCGGGUGCCAAGAUGCGGAACUCCAAAGGCGGGGUGGUGGUUAGAGUUGUCCGGCGGAAUGCGUCUCCUCAACCUGCCAGUCUGGAGAGCCUGGAGGCGGCUUGGAGCGAGAGAGGGCACCUGGAGGUGAAACCGCUGGAGAGUUUACCGAUCCCCGAGAGGAGGAACGACAAGCCAGAACCUGCUGGGGUGGAGGGUCACGGAGGGGGGCCUCCGCGGAGCAGGAAGAAGGGGUUCAGACCCCCAGAUGUGAGGACCAUCUUCUCCCCUGGGGAGAGGGACCCCAGGGUGAAGGAGGAGUCCGGGGAGGGACACUGCUUCGUGCCCAAAGGCGAGAACGCCUGGUGUGAUGCGUGCUGCAACUACAUCUUCCAGCACUGCAUCACCUGUGCAGGUUGUAAGUACACGUGUCACGCUGGCUGUCAGGACAAAGUCUCACUGGAUUGUCAUUCUGCAGCUUCACCCCUCAGUCAGGACCAGCUCAACAACAACAACACAGAGCUGCAUGUGAGUAUGCGCUACGUGAAGCACCGGGGUCAGACGUUUAAGUCUAGACCAGUUGUCGUUGUUUGCUUCUAA